UGCCAGUGAAUCAGGCUUCAGGCACGUCAGGGGGAGAGGCAGAGCCCAGAGCGAGACCCGCCACCUGCACUGGCUCACCUGGGAAGCUCCCCUGCCCCUCAUGGCUCGCCGGUCCCAGAGCUCCUCACAGGGGGACAACCCCCUGGACCCUAACUACCUGCCACCCCAUUACAAGGAGUAUUACCGGCUGGCUCUGGAUGUGCUAGCUGAAGAGGGGCAAGAGAGUUAUCAUCAUUUCCUGGAUGAAGAAGGAGCCCCUGACUUUCUCUGCAGCACAGAGGUAGAGCACAUCACUCAGCAUCUCCAGAAGCCCCAGUAUGCCAACCAAGAGGGCAGCUGCAUGGAUGCCAUGCAUGACAAUGACAUGGAUGGAUCCUCUGGGACUUAUUGGCCUCUGAAUUCUGACCUUGCUGUCCCUGAGCUUGAUCUGGGCUGGCCAAUGGUCUUUGGAUUCAAGGGUACUGAGGUAACAACUCUGGUGCAGCCACCACCCCCAGACAAUCCCAGCAUCAAGGAAGAAGCCCGUAGGAUGAUCCGAGCUGCACAACAGGUAGUAGCUAUAGUGAUGGACGUUUUCACAGAUGUGGAUCUGCUGAGUGAAGUGCUGGAUGCUGCUGCCCGCAGGGUCCCUGUGUAUAUCCUCCUGGAUGAAAUGAACUCCCAGCUCUUCCUAGACACAGCUGCUAAGUGCAAAGUCAACCUCAACUAUGUGGAGUUCCUGAGGGUCCGGACAGUUUCUGGCCCCACCUAUUACUGCCGCACGGGGAUGUCCUUCAAAGGGCAUGUGAAAGAGAAGUUCCUGUUGGUGGACUGCAUGGUGGUGCUAAGUGGCAACUACAGUUUUAUGUGGUCCUUUGAGAAGAUUCAUCGAAGCAUCGCUCACAUCUUCCAAGGGGAGCUGGUGUCCAGCUUUGAUGAAGAAUUCCGAAUUCUUUUUGCUCAGUCGGACCCUCUCAUUCCUCCAGCCAAUGUCUUGGUGAAGGCAGAGAAGCCAUUUACCAUGGCCCCUUUUGGCAACAAUAUGCCCUUCUUUCCAAAGAAACCACACCUGCUAUUCCAGAGGGAUGACAAUGUCUUUCCGCCCUUCAUGGACAGAGUUGAUCCAGACAGAUACUUCUUGUCAGCCUUUAGACGGGAUGAACUGAUGCGCCACAGUAUGGAGGGGUCAGCAAUGCGCAUGUAUUCUAAGAAGGCAGAAAUGGAGAAUUCUCAGAUUGAUCCUGUCAGAGGUUUAUUUCGCUCCAGGCAGUUAGAGCUGGAUUCCUUUAAGAGGCACAGCUUUGCUGAAGGAACCUUUGAAAACUUUUCUUCUUCAAAGCAGUGUUCUAGGCAGAUGUUCAUGAACAAUCUGGAUGACUUUAAAAUGCAGUCCAGUCACUUUCAAAAGGACCAGUUCUACCAGUAUCAAUUUGAACAUCCCUAUGGUUCCAGCAGGCCUCAGGGGUUCUUUGAGCGAAUCCGAGGAGGUAGGCCGGGAUUCAAUGAAAUGGAGGACUAUGCACAGGACCCCAGAUACCCUGAACUUGAAUCCCACUUCCCACAAGAGGGUUUCCCCUUAAGGCUAGAUUAUGAGCAUUCAAAUUCUUCCAGGGAAGUGAGGCAUGGUUCUGACCAGGUAAACCCUGCAGGGCUGAUGUCACUAAGGAGGCAAAACAUAGGGCAGAAAUUCAUGUGCCAGACAUCCCCCACACGGAAGCAGAGCCUGGAACAACGACUGUUUUUACAAGACCAGGACCCAGAUCAGGACAAGAAGACCCAGGAAAAUAGAACAGGUUUGCGUAACUGGAGGAUUUCUUCAUACCUGAGUGCAUACCAGUCAGAACCAGGAGACGAAGGCAUCCCAAUGCCCAUGGAAUCAGAGUCAUAUAAUGAUGUUUUGAGCCUUGGGGAGCCCCUCACAAAGCACCCCAGUGACCUGAUCCCUUCUUUCAAGUCUCCUAUGUCAUUUAAUAAUAAAUCAUUGGGAAUUGAAAGUGCCAAAGAGUCGGCAGGUACUGAGAGAGCAGGCGAGGAGACCUCCCUUGUGAAACAGGAUUCCUUUAGGUCCAGGAUAAAUCCUUUGAUCCAGAGGAGCUCAAGGCUCAGAUCUUCUUUGAUUUUUAAUGCUGCCAAUUUAGAUCAGCAGAAUACAACAAUGGAGAAGAUUCAGAUGAUCCAAAAGGAGCAAAUGUCCAGUGAUAUUAUAAAAGACAAUGAAACUAUAAAGGCAGCCACCUCUUCUAAAGUGGCAGAGCUUUUAGAGAAGUACAAAACUGUGGGCAAAGACAGAGAGAGUGCUACAGUUAGUCACACCAAAGCUGUUUCCAGUUUUCUACAGGAAGAAUCUCAGAAUGCAGAGAAAAAAUGUACCAAAGCUGUGCAAUACAAGAUCCUGGAGAGUAGGGUGCUAGACUCAAAAGAAUCCUUCAGUAGUUACAAGAUGCACAUUGAGUCUGAGAAACAGCUUGGUAUGUCUCCCUCAGCCACCCAGCUCCUUGACACACUAAGUAAAGAUCCUAUAACAAAUAUUAGCAGCAAAAUGGAAAAAUUAUCUUCUCGGUUCUAUCCCAUAGACAGCAAACCUACUCUUCCAAUGAAGGAGAACCUGAUGUUUGUAGGAGACACUCAGAAGCUUGCUCUGCCAGAGAAGAGGGAGAAACUGACAUUCAGAAGAGACACACAGGAACUAGCUGACACAGAAUUCAAGAAACCACAGGCUAGGAUAAGCACCACAUCAAUUCCUGAAAGUUUAUCCAAGAAUCAAGGGUCUGACAGCUCUCUCAAUAAAUCUGAGGAAGAGGGUGCCAAACAGGAACAGAGUCCAUUGGAAUUUUUUAGGAAAGGGUCGCUAAGGUUGAAACAGUUGCUGAAUCCAAAAGGUGAAAAGAAAUCAGAGGAAGAAACCAUUCUUGAGAGUGGAAAGUUUGACAAGCAGACCAUGAGCCUUAAACGAUCUUCGAAAGGGGAUUUUCAGGAAGUGAUGGAGGAAGAGAAAUCCCAAAGGAUCACAACAGCACCUGCUUUCAAAAGCAACCAGCCAUCUCAGACCAGGUUUGCUUCUUCCACGGCAAACAUCCUAUACAGCAGCAACCUCCGUGAUGACACAAAGGUGAUUCUGGAGCAAAUUUCUGCCAACAGUCAGAAGAACAGAGCUGAGUUGGCCAAGCAACUACCUUCCACAAGUAAUCCUGAUCUUACCAAGUCUACCAGCAGCUUGGAAUGUAAAGGCGAGAAGGAGAAAAGCUGCAACAUUAGCAGGUCAGAAAGUUUUGGGAGCCAUAAGAGGAAUCCUCAGAGGCAACCAUCAGAGGACAGAGAUACCCUUCUGAAAAAGAUGGAGAAUAUGCGAAAGGAGAAACGGGUCUAUAGUAGGUUUGAGGUCUUCUGCAAGAAGGAUGAACAACCAGUUCAGAGUGAUGGGGAAUAUGACACAGAUGCCAAAGACAAGAAAAUGGGAAAAUUCAUGCCCAAACUCCUGGGGACCUUCAAAACCAAAAAGUGACCUUAGAAAUGCUGCCUAAAUCCCAACUCCAGGGGCUGUAAUUAUGGUCUGUCAAUGGAGAAAUGGGAGGUUAUGCUUCAGUGAUGGACACUAGUAACAUACUGAAUACUCCUUCAUGUUGUUGAGUGUGCAGUUGUGCAACACUGGCCUCCUACAGCAUGAUUUCCUCAUAUAGUUACAUGGUGAAAGGCAAUUUUACUGCAAUAGGAUCCAAAUUAUAAAAAAAUUAAAUCAACAGAUUGUUUAAAACAAAAAUAAAGUGGAGUCUAUUUAUCAUCUGCAGAGGGAAGCUCCUCAGCAGACAGAACAAGCUUGCUAUUAUUCGGGGAGGGGUGAAACUAUAAUGCAAAGCUCUGCCCUGAGCCAGGGAAGUCCGUACUUCUCAUUUACAAGAACAAUGCUGAUUUUUGGAUAUUUCUCAGGUUGUGGUCCGUUUUUUCCACAUAUGUGGUACCAGGAGGAUCUUUGACAGUUUCCAGGAGCAAGAUCUUGCAGUAAAUUCUUUGCCCUUACCUGUAGUUAUGACCUUGUCCAUCGGCACAUGUCCAGCUUUUAUACUUAGCAUUGUAUAACCUUAUGGGUGUUUUUAAAUAUAGUUGAAAAUAUUAUUGCUUUAGAGGGGGAGGCAUGAGCAGGCAGCUGGAAGGCAGCAGCAGAGGGAAUUUACAUGCCAUGCUGGGAUAAAGAGGUGUCUCUAGUUUAAAUUAGCCAAGCUAGUAGGGCACUGAAUCAAGCCUGUACAAUGCAGCCUUCAUCAAGCAGAAUCUUCCUUGAGGGUGUACCGCCAAGAAGAGGUGUUUUCUCUCAGGGAGGGAUUUGUAGCAGAGGAUAAGCCAUUUCAAGUGUUAGCAGGUUCCCUCAUUGUGACGACAAGAGAGGGAGGAGGGAUUCAGACAAAAGGAGGAAAUAACUGAGCUUUACUGUAACUUAUCUUUUCUUAAAGCUCAACAAUGUUUUUUUCUUACAUAGAUUUCUUUCAAGUGUUUGGUACCAGGCCUGGCCCAGACCAGCCUGUAUAGUUCAUACUGUGGUAUUGGAUUGUCUGGCAGGACAGUGGGCGGAGGGUGGGUGUCAAAAAGAAAGAAGAGCAUUGUACAUAAAGUUUUCUGCCUUGGGUCUGUUGUUCUUCAGCCUGGGACUUUCUCUUUUAGGCAACACAGCAGCAGUGCAAUGGGUCUGAAUGCUGGAAGUUAUAUCUGAUUUUAUAUUUUUAUCUGUGUGCCUACAGGUACAAACAAACACAUUUGGUAAAUUAAAAAAUAAAUGCAUAAAAAGUCACAGCAAGCUCAAGUCCUCUGCUGGCAAGGCAGCCUAGAAGAACAUCUUAUAGUACCUGGGCUGUGGGAAGGGAGAAAUAAUUCCUUUGAAAAUAGGCAAUAAGACUUUUGAGAAUCAGUUCUGGCCACCUUUCUUUACUCCACAUCACUGCCAGAAGCUCAGUUCCCCAUUACAACUGUGGUUCCCACCCAGCCUCACAGGUUGGGAGUUUACCUGCAGUCUAGGCCAUUAUGUGACAACUGUAACUGGGGAAAGAGGCCCAUACCUCUUAUUGGAAGUGGCUGCCUUACUCCUUUGGACUGUGUUUCUAACAAGGGGAGGCAAAAGAUAUAAGGGCUGAGGCCUAACUCAUGCAUGUCAGGUGCUCCUUAGUUCCUGCAACAACAAGCAAGGUGGAAAGUCAAGCAAAAACAAAAGAGGAAUGUAGCAGAGAACUAUGUUUUAGAACUCUAUUAGAGCCACCUCUACAAGACAGGUUUCAGAGUAGCAGCCGUGUUAGUCUGUAUCCACAAAAAGAACUGGAGUACUUGUGGCACCUUAGAGACUAACACAUU